AUGAUGCUUCCCCUCUUCCUAGCUCUAAAUAUCUUAUCAUCGACGGAGCCUGUUCUGGGUGCUAGACACGGACAAAUGCCUCGUGAGAAAAAGUUGAACUCAGGUGGAACUGAGGAUCUUGUGACGAACUUGCCUGGCCAGCCCAAAGUAGAUUUCCGGCACUAUGCUGGGUACAUUAAAGUGAAUGAAAAGAAUGGAAGAGCCCUGUUCUAUUGGUUUUAUGAGUCUUUGACUCUUCCUGGGGAGAAACCUCUGGUGCUGUGGCUUAAUGGAGGGAGGAUUAUAAGACCUACCAGAUUUAUUGGGAUAAAGUUUGGUCCUGGUUGUUCUUCUGUGGGAUAUGGAGCAACACAAGAGAUUGGUCCAUUCAUUGUGGACACAGAUGGACAUGACCUUAGGAUGAAUCCUUAUGCAUGGACUACAGAAGCCAAUAUGUUAUUCCUGGAAUCUCCGGUUGGUGUCGGUUUUUCCUACUCAAACACAACCAGCGAUUAUGAUAAUCUUGGAGAUGACUUCACAGGAAAAUAUGUUCCCGAGCUGGCUGAGAUUAUCCAUGAUAAGAACACGGAUCGUUCUUUAUUUAUUGAUCUGAGAGGCAUAUUGCUGGGCAAUCCUGAAACAUGUGAUGCUGAGGACUGGAAAGGUCUGGUGGAUUAUGCUUGGAGCCAUGCUGUUGUAUCAGAUGAAACACACAAAACUAUCAGAGAAUCCUGUGAUUUCGACAGCAACAGUACAUGGAGCAAUGAAAACUGUAGUCAAGCAGUCGAUGAAGUACUGAAUCAGUAUAGAGAGAUAGAUAUCUACAGCCUCUAUACCUCAGUAUGUAUUGGCAAUUCAACAAGUUCAGAAGACAAAUCAUUGCAAGUCGUGUUCAAGAGUACCUCUAAGAUGAUACCAAGAAUUAUGGGUGGAUAUGACCCGUGCCUUGAUGACUAUGCGAAGACUUACUACAACAGGCCUGAUGUUCAGAAGGCCCUUCAUGUUAGUGAUGGUAACCGCAUCAGAAACUGGAACAUUUGCAAUAUGGACAUAUUUAAAGGCUGGAAAGAUUCAAAGGAAUCUGUUCUUCCCAUAUACAAUAAACUUAUCGAUGGAGGACUUAGAAUAUGGGUUUACAGUGGAGACACCGAUGGAAGAGUCCCUGUCUUGUCCACAAGAUAUAGUUUAAGCACUCUGGGACUGCCCAUCACCAGGGCAUGGAGGCCAUGGUACCACCAGAAGCAGGUUGGUGGUUGGCUUCAAGAGUAUGAGGGGCUUACUUUUGCAACAUUCAGAGGAGCUGGUCAUGCAGUGCCCAUUUUCAAACCAGGAGAGUCACUGGCAUUCUUCUCGUCCUUUCUUCGUGGGGAAUCUCCACCAUUCCAACGAUAA